UAAAGACGAAACACGCCAAUCAGCGACCCGCUUCUGCUGCAGCUUUUACUCGGAGUCCGGGAGUUUCCCCAAAAUGAGCAGUUCGGAGGAGGUUUCGUGGAUUUCUUGGUUUUGUGGACUACGAGGGAACGAGUUCUUCUGUGAGGUGGAUGAGGACUAUAUCCAGGAUAAGUUCAACCUCACUGGACUCAAUGAGCAGGUUCCACAUUACAGACAAGCUCUGGACAUGAUUUUGGAUCUGGAACCUGAUGAGGAGCUGGAAGACAACCCAAACCAGAGUGACCUGAUUGAGCAGGCUGCUGAGAUGCUGUAUGGCCUGAUUCAUGCGCGAUACAUCCUGACCAACCGUGGCAUUGCUCAGAUGUUGGAGAAGUACCAGCAGGGCGACUUUGGCUAUUGUCCUCGUGUUUACUGUGAGAACCAGCCUAUGCUGCCCAUUGGUCUGUCUGACAUCCCUGGUGAGGCUAUGGUCAAACUCUACUGUCCUAAAUGUAUGGAUGUGUACACGCCAAAGUCGUCUAGGCACCACCACACUGAUGGAGCCUACUUUGGGACGGGCUUCCCUCAUAUGCUCUUCAUGGUGCACCCUGAGUAUCGGCCAAAGAGGCCUGCAAACCAGUUUGUGCCCAGGCUCUAUGGUUUCAAGAUCCACCCUAUGGCAUACCAGCUACAGCUGCAGGCAGCCUCCAGCUUCAAGAGCCCCGUCAAGGCCAUCCGCUAAAAACUGAAGAAGGAGGUGAUGGAGGGAGGGUUGGAGAGGCAGGAGGAGAGGGGAAGAUCUGUGUCUGUCUGUACAUAGCCUCACUCUCCUCCCAGAGACCAUUUGUUUUAGAUUAGUUUUGAUUGAGAGAAGCGUUUAAAUAUUGAGAGAGUGGGAAUAGAACAUGCACACUUUGGAAAUCUGUUAACAACCUUUCCUCUUAGUCACACAGAUGCAGCAUGGAGAUGCCAUGCAGACAUUGGUGUUUACCUUGUAAAAAAAAAAAAUUGUCCCUUUUCAGUGGAAAUGAAACUAUAAAUUGAUGACAGAUGAAUAUGGCGUUACUCACUUUUGUGUCGAGAAAAUUAUGUAUGUUUUGGUCACAGAGGUGGUGUACAGUACAAGUUAAACAGUAGUGGCUCAGUGUCCCCUCCCCACACCUCAUUCAGUGACUGUGGCAGACAGACACUCUAUUGGGGGGAGAAAGAGCAGUUAGGAAAUUAACAAGUGCGAGAACUGAGUUCUCCUAUUGGCUUACUUUUCAGUUGCCUCAGUCCAGCAACAGUUCCAAACGAGCUGUAGUUUGCUAAACUUGGGCGUAAUUUAGUGGACACUUGUUAAUUGCUGACCAAAUGCUCCUUCCCUACUGCAAGUUAAAGCAAGUCUCUGUCCCCAUCAGUCCACAGUGAGUAUGUGUUAAAUCUCAGUAUUGCGCAGAUGUUCCCCUCAGAAGUACAUGUACAUUGAUUCCUGCCAAGUUUCUCCGCAGUUUUGGUAUGAUUAUUUAUGUGAGACUUUUCAAAAGGAGGUCAUCCAUAGUUUGGAAAUGCUGUUUUAGUUUCCCCAUGGCCCUCUCACCCGGGCGUCUCCGAAUUCAUUGAAAGGCAUGUGCCUGCAGGUUAUAGAUUGGAUGCAUUGGUAAAGAUUGUAAUUAUUGUUGCUGUUAGUGUGGUUUUUUUUUUUUUUUUGGUUUUUUGUUUUUUUUUGGUUUAUCUUUUGAAUUUUUCCUUUACAGCUGUUGAGGAACCAGGGUUCAGAAUUCACAUUAAACUUUUCUUUUCCUAUAA